CCCGUUGUUGUAUUCGACAUUUAAAAGCCUGUACGCUCGUUGUGUUGCGUUCAAGACAUCGUGUGUAUUUAAGCCAAAACACGGCGCACUUUUCAUCCCCGUCCGCCAAACCUGCUAACUUUGGACUGCUAAGCUAACCGCCGAGGUACUGCCACAAGAGCUCGCCGAAGGGAGUCGACAUGAAAACGCCGGUGUCUGUGCUGCGUCUUCCCAGAGGACCGGACCCCAGCGGUCGCGGAUUCGACCCCAGCUCUCCCCGCUAUAUUGCCCUCUGUAACACCUCCGUCUCUCCCUCCGCGGACUCGGGGACGGGCGGCGUCCGGCUGCAGGAAGAGCAGCGUGCACGGGCUGCAGCAAGAGAGGCUUUCCUCAGGUGCCUCAUUUCCAUGACGAACAAGAAGGUCCAGUUUCAGAUGUACGAGAAGGCGGCGGUGGAGGCCACGUUCGGAGCGUCCGACAUCGACGUUCUCAACUUCCAAGUGUCAGACCUGCAGACGCCCAUAGGGGUGCAGAAGGAGGCGCUGCUCAGAUGCCGGGAUGUGAUUUCCUUCUCGUUUAGCUUAUGAGCCACCCGCAUCUUGUGUUUGCACAGACAUGUUUUGUGAAACGUCGUGGGGGGGGGGGGACUCGAGUUGCCCUGGAAGGCUGAGUUCCACGGCCUCCACCUCUCUGUAUAAGUAGGGGAGUGGGUCAGCGGAGUGUCUUCCAGUGCUUCACUGUGUGGGGCCCGUCUCAGCCUUCAACGACUUGAUCGCUGCUCAUCAGGCAUUCACAGGGCUGACAUUCUGGGACGCAGUUCCCUCUGCCGGCACUAGGGGGAGGCGUACGCCUUGUUUGUCUGAAAUGUCAAAGGUGUUUUCGAGAUGCGCUUGGAGAGUCCUGUUUCCUCGUUACCUGCUCGUCUUCGCCUGCCUCUGCAACAUCCCGGAUGAGCUCAGUUUCUGUGUUGUAACCCGGUGUGCUUAGUUUGACUAGAUGUGUUGUUGCGGUUCAAAUGAUAUAAACUGCACUUUGUCUUUUGGAUAAGCGUUUUUGUUUUGAAUAAACAUUUUUGUAUUAA